UGGAUUUUGUCACAGAUUUACCUGAGUCACAAGGAUUCACGACAGUUCUGACAGUUAUAGACCGAUUCUCUAGGGGAGUUCGUUUUAUACCCUUUGCCACUAUUCCCAGUGCCUUUCAGACUGCAGAGACAUUGUUUCAUUAUGUAUUUCGAAUUUUCGGUAUCCCGGAGGAUAUCGUUUCAGACAGGGGGCCUCAAUUCACCUCCUAAGUAUGGGCCGCCUUUUUCGAGCACAUAGGGGUAUCCAUCAGUCUGUCAUCUGGAUAUCAUCCGCAAUCUAAUGGGCAAUGUGAGCGGGUAAAUCAGGAACUGGGGAAGUUUUUGAGACUUUUCUGCCAUGAUAACCCCUCUGAUUGGUCGAAGUUUUUAGUCUGGGCUGAAAUAGCACAAAAUUCAUUGACUAGCUCUGCUACUGGACUGACUCCUUUCCAGUGUAUUUUAGGUUACCAACCACCCCUAGCACCCUGGACUGGAUCACAAACGGACGUUCCAGCAGUGGAUGACUGGAUGACGCGUAGUGAACGAGUAUGGGAGGAGACUCACCAGCACAUUGAGACCAUCCUCCAAAGGCAGAAAGAACAGGCCGACAGACACAGAGGACAAACCCCUGUCUUUCAUCCUGGUGACGGAGUGUGGUUGGCUACGAAGGACUUUCGCCCUUCCGAGGGGAGUUGCCGGCCCUUGGAUGAGGCAACACCAGACGUCAUGCCACCACCACCGGAAGUGAUAGAGGGGGCCCCAGUCUACGCUGUCCGACGGCUGCUGGACUCCAGGAGACGGGGCGGGCUCCUUCAGUAUCUGGUGGACUGGGAGGGGUAUGGCCCCGAGGAACAAUGCUGGGUGCCAGCCAAAGACGUGUUGGACCCGGGCCUCAUCGCGGACUUUCAUAGUCAGCACCCUGAGAAGCCAGCUCCUCGUCCCCGAGGCCGUCCACGUAGGAGGCUUACCAGUUCACAUCCCGCCCGUCUGAGAGAUCGUCGCGGAGAGACUUCGCCUAUCCAGCGCCUCGGCAGCUCUGGUUCGGCCCCGGUUCGAGGAUCCGGUGGUGGGAGUGGUUGUCGCCCUGGUUGUCCUCGUGCCGAGGCCCACCCGGACUCUUUGGGGGGGAAUCCCAUGGGAGAUCAUGUGACUCGGCCAUCGAAUGCGGACUCUGAUUACGACCAAGACUCCAUUGCCCAUGGUGCAGUAGGGGCUCACGUGACCAGUGACUCUCGCGAACGCUCCUAUCAGCGCUCACAAUCACCGGAAUACUAA